AUGGGUUCCUUCCACCACACCGCUAGAAACUGGCGCAUCAGGCAAGAAAAUGGCGUCACCCUGUUCCGAGUGGAGGUCAAAGAUAUGCAUGGCAACUGGAUUGAACGAACAAUCCGUUUGGAUGACCACAUCGGCAACACUGAUGGAUGGUUCAUCUGGGGCGGAAAGAACUUCACCAGCAGCGCCUGGAAUGUCCGUUUGGAGGAUACCGAGUGGGGUCCCAAGCUGGUCGCUGUGAUGCGCAGGAACGACGGUGGCGACCGUGGUGACCAGGGAAUGUUGCUAGGCGAUAAGAUCGAGAACAGGAACGGAGAGCUUCAUUUCACCGGUCCUUGA